AUGAACUGGGCGGCCAGCUGGUGCAGCGCACGGACGCUAGGCUGCUCGUACCGGCAGGCGAGCAGUUCUGGGCACUGGCCCUGUGUUGCGCUUUGCAGGUUGGCGGAUGCGGCCACCCCGCUGUGGAGACUUCCCUAUGAAGAGCAGCUGCAGGUGAAGUCUGAAAGCCAGAGGAAGACUUUGCAGACGCUGGCGUCUCGCCUCGAGGAAGCGGGCAUAGAUGCGCAGAAACCUGGGGGCCUCUGCUGUCCUCUCCGUCCUAUGGUCCCCUCACCCGUCAUUAAUGGCUACCGAAACAAGGGCGGAGUACCUGCCCUUCUCUCUCCAGCAAGAAAUAUUGUCUGCGUGAAAGCUGACCACAUGGAGAACAUACCCACAAAACACAAACUAGUAGCCCAGUGCUACGAGGAGUUCCUCCGGCACUCCCCGCUGGAGCCCUGCCUCCUCUUCCACCACGGCGGACACUGGCGGGAGCUCAUCGUACGCACCAACAGCCGCGGCCACACCAUGGCUAUCGUCACCUUCCACCCCCAGCAGCUCGGCCAGGAGGCACUGGCUGCUCAGAAAGCAUUGCUUAGGGAGUUCUUCACUUGUGGACCUGGAGCAGUCUGUGCCUUGACUUCACUUUAUUUCCAAGAGAGCACUAUGACCCGCUGUUCCCACGAGCAGUCGCCCUACCAGCUCCUUUAUGGAGAACCACACAUCUUUGAGGAGCUGCUUGGCCUGAAGUUUCGCAUCUCUCCAGAUGCUUUUUUCCAAGUAAACACACGUGGAGCAGAAGUGCUGUACCAGGAGGUGGGGAAGCUGAGCCAGGCUGCUGGAGACACUGUCCUCCUUGAUGUCUGCUGUGGCACGGGCACAAUCGGUCUUUCUCUGGCUCGCCAAGUGUCCGAGGUUAUUGGUAUUGAGAUAGUGGAGAAGGCAAUAGAGGAUGCCAGGUGGAACGCAGCACUCAACGGAAUUUCAAACUGUGAGUUUCACAGCGGGAAGGCAGAGACUGUGUUACCACAACUCCUGUCAUCGUGGAAGGACGACCGACCCCUUGUUGCGGUGGUGAACCCAUCCCGGGCUGGGCUCCAUUACAGGGUUGUGCGAGCCAUCCGAAACUGUAAGGCCAUCCGAAGGCUGCUCUACGUCUCCUGCAAGCCGGAGGGUGAAGCCAUGAGGAACUUUCUUGAAUUGUGCUGUCCACCUGACCCCAGGAAGAAGCUGGAAGGAGAGCCGUUUGCCCCCACCUUGGCUAUACCUUUUGACCUGUUUCCACACACCGUUCAUUGUGAGCUGGUGCUGCUGUUCACCCGCUGAUGAGCCAGGCAGGUACGCAAGCUCUGAGAGCUGGGGAAGCAACCUCCAAGUGUUCUGAAGGCUGGAAUGGAUGUGCUUAUGCUUUUAAUUUAUUUUCUUGAA